AUGGAAAGGAAAGCUCUUUGGGCAGAUUUGGAAACGAUGAGGACUGCCAGCAUUUCGUGGGUUUUGGCGCGUAAUACCUCGGAUCAUUCUCUUUUGGCUAUCCAAUUGGGGGAGGAUUCGUUCAGUUUUGUGAAGGGGGUGUGGAAGCGUCAAGGCCUUGGUCACGGGUUAAUAAAUUUGUCCUUUAAAUUGAAACGGGUCAAGGUGGCUUUAAAAGAAUGGAAUAAGAGUGUCUUUGGUAAGACUGGUGUGAUCAUCAAAGAUUUGGAAACUUGUAUUGAUUAUUUGGAGAAUUGUCUUCAAAGCUCGUAUAAUGCUGAGUACGAUAAUGAUCUCUUGGCGUCCAAGUUGGAACAUCUAACCUGGAUGGGUAGAGAGGAAACCCGGCUUGCCCAUAUGGCCAAGAAGAGUUGGUUGAAAGAUGGGGAUCAGAAUUCUAAAUUCUUUCAUGCUUACUUGAAUGCCAAGUAUCAUCAGAGAGUGCAAGACAUGUGUUUGUCAAAUGGUACUACUUUAAACACUCAUCUGGACAUUUAUCAAGCUGCUAUUGAUUAUUUUCAUCAGUUUUUGGGUUAUAAUAGUUCUCGUGUUUUGCCUAAUUUAAGUAAGCUAAUUUCCCCUACUAUUUCUAAUGAGGAUAAUUUGGCGAUUGGUAGAGCUCCCACCUUAGAGGAAAUCAAGGAUGCUCUUUUUACUAUUCCUAUUGAUAGUAGCCCAAUGCCGGAUGAUUUUGGUUCUAGUUUUUUCAGAGUCUAUUGGAAUUUUGUUAAAGAUGAUGUUUUUGAAGCUAUUGUUGAGUUUUUCCAUACUCAUAUGCUUCCUAAAAGCUACACAACUUCUUACAUUGUUUUAAUUCCUAAAGUGGACAAGCAUUCUGGUUUUGAUAAAUUUCAACCUAUAAGCUUUUGUUCUGUGGUUUAUAAGAUAUGCUCUAAGAUUAUUGUUAAUCGUAUGACAAGCUUGCAUUCUAAAAUUAUUUCAAAAGAACAGAGGGCCUUUAUCCCGGGUCGCAGUAUUUUUGAAAAUAUUAAUUUGACUCAGAAAAUGGUUCAUUCUAUUCACAGGAAGUCGAUUGGGGGCUUGCAUCUCUUCGCCCUGGUACUCAGUCAUGAUGAAUGGGAUUUUGGAGAUAUUCAAAGAGCUUUACAUAUGAAACUUGCUUGGAGGCUUAUAAAAGUUGCUGACUUUUUAGCAAAGAGUGGUGUUGAGGGUUUGAACUCUGAUUGGUCUGGUGACCAGAUGUUGCCCAGUCUCUUUAAGAGGUCUUAUUUGCAUGGAUAUAUCGGACCUUCCUUAUUUAAGGGUUUCGUAAGGCUUGUGCUUGGUUGUCCUGUCCUCAAUUGGUUUUGA